UUUUGGGGGAAGUGGUUACAAACUACGUGCAACAUCGUUGAAUCUUCUGGUUCCUUAGUACAUAUAGAAUUUUCGACCUUCGUUGCUUACAGACACUUAUGGGUGUUUGUUUUCAUUCUUUAUCUAUGGUAAUUGGUAUGAACCAAGACUACUGCGGAUAUAUUAGAUAUUGUGACAUAAUUUAAUACCUCACCUUGGCGCGGAAGUACAUAUGGGGCAAUCACACUCCUCAAGCAGCCAUGCGGGAACAGGCUCAGACCGAAACCAACCGGAGGAAACAAAGGUGGAUUAUUACGAGCUGCUUCAGGUAGAGCAGAAUGCAUCUUCAGAGGAGAUAAAGAAAGCCUACAGAAGAAGAGCCCUGGAGCUACAUCCAGAUAGAAAUUAUGGCAACACGGAAGCUGCUACCAAACUGUUCGCCGAAAUCCAAUCUGCAUACGAAGUCCUUUCAGACGCACAAGAGCGUGCAUGGUACGACUCCCAUCGUGACGUCUUCCUAGGGAACAAGAGCAGCACAGCCUCGGGAGCCGACUACUCAUAUAACAUGAGGAUGACAACCUGUGACGACAUAUUGAAGUUGUUUUCAAAAUUCAGUCCUCGGAUGGAUUUUACAGAUGCACCAGCCGGAUUUUACGGUGGCUUGCGUGAAACGUUUGCACAACUUGCUGUAGAGGAAAAGAUGGCUUGUCUCUGGGAAGAUGUCGCAUAUGUAGAUUAUCCUACAUUUGGAAACCGCGACGACACCGAAGAGACCGUACGGUCGUUCUACGCCAUAUGGGGAAGUUUCUCUACAAAAAAGUCGUUUGCAUGGAAAGAUAUUUAUCGCUACUCCGAAGCCCCAGAUCGUCGUGUUCGCAGGCUGAUGGAAAAAGAGAACAAACGUCUCAGAGAAGAAGCGAUUCGGGAGUUUAAUGAGGCCGUCAGAUCGCUCGUGGCUUUCGUGAAGAAGCGCGACCCGCGUUAUAGGACUAACACGCAAAGUGAAUCGCAUCGGCAGGAGAUUCUCCGUCAAUCAGCCGCCGCGCAAGCAGCCAGAUCACGAGCAGCAAACCAGGCGAAACUAGGUGAGCAUGUAAUACAAGACUGGGCAAAGGCAGAGAAUCUCGAGGACAACUCCAGCGAUACAAGUGAGAAUGAAGUUGAGCACCUCGAAUGUAUCGCGUGCCACAAAAUUUUCAAAAGUCAUAACCAAUUCAAGGCACAUGAACGCAGCAAGAAACACAUAAAAGCCUUAAAACAGCUACGCUGGGAGAUGAGGGCGCAAAAUGAAGAGCUGGACCUGGAAGGAAAUGCAUCUGAUCACGAUGAAGAGCCCCAACGGGGGUGCCAUCCAACCCAUAGCAAUACAAAGGACAACCUGGCGUGCAUCAUAGAGCCACCAACCGAACAAACACAGGAUAGCGGAACGAGAGCCACUACGAGUACAGACGAAUAUACCUCUCCUGAUAGCAGUAUUGACGUCAAACUUAACAAAGGUUCCUUGCAGCAUACAGGUAGUUACGAGAGCUCCCAGUCAGACCCCAAAGAGGCUGACUAUGCACCCAGGGAGUAUGUUGAACAGCGACUAGGCCCCCAGACCACAAUACAGGAAGAGGGAGAGAUAGAAGCGAUGGAAAACUUGUCCCACCAGUUCUCAAGAACCGAAAUAAGGGACACGCAGAUGGCUGCACCUAAAAUGGGAAAGGCCAAGCAGAAGCGUGCAAAAAAGGCUCAGCGUGCAUUGGGACAGCUACAAGACAUAAAGUGCGCUACCUGUGACUCUACCUUCUCCUCAAAGACUCGUUUAUUUACCCAUAUCAGAGAGUUCAAUCACGCGCAGCCUCUACGUGUGACCCACGCAGGGAAAAAAAAGGGAGGCUGAAGAGAGUAGAGAAAAGGGCGUGCUGUCAUAUCUUGUCUGGUUGUUGUUCCAAUACGGUUGUAAUACGGUUGCAAACUUCUAUAGUGGCUCAUCUGUUAUAGUUAAGGGCUCAUUUUAUUCACUAACCCGGAAGUAUUGAGAUAUUUGCUCGGGCAGCAGAUUGUGUAGUAUUUCUUGUUCGAGGUGGUAUUUCUUCGAUACAAGACCGACCACGGUUCAAGACACUAAGGCGACUACUCGACAGGGAAAGCCUAUCCUAGGCCAGCCUUGGAGUUUUUCACCACAUGUGGAACAGGUAAAAGAAUACCCUUGUUGUUAGUAGCACCAAGAGCGGUUCCUGUACU